AUGGUCAAACUAGACGUCUCAAACGCUUUCAACUCCAUCAGACGUGACCACCUGCUGGAGUGCUGUCGCGAACUGGUUCCGUUCGCUUAUCCCCUUGUACAUCUCUCAUACGCUUCUCCGAGUAUCCUCAUGUUCGACGAUGUUCCCAUCUCUUCGGCCACCGGGGUCCAACAGGGAGAUCCCCUGGGUCCUGUCCUUUUUGCCUUGGGCGUUAACAGUAUCGCUCACUCUGUUCGAUCCCCAGUUAACAUAUGGUAUCUGGAUGACGCAACCAUUUGCGGUCCCCCCGACGCUGUUUUCGACGACCUUCGUUCUAUCCUCCCUUCCCUCUCGGACAUCGGCCUAUCUAUAAACGCCAAUAAAUCCGAAAUCGUGAACAUUGCCUUAAAUCCGAGUGACUUCACUGCUUCAAUUUCCACGUGCCGAGGCAUUCUCUCAGACGUCCGGAUUACGGACAAAUCAAAUCUUACGAUUCUCGGUGCCCCCAUGGGGCCUUCUGCCCUCGAAUGCUCACUCGCUGGAAAAAUUUCCCACUUAUCCAAAAUGAUCGACAAGCUUAAAGUCAUCGAGCCUCAUGUGGCUUUUUUCCUCCUCCGAAACCACUUCUCCGUCCCUAAGAUCCUUUACACCCUAAGAUGUGCACCCUGCUUUCAAAGAGGCGACCUUCUUUCCGACCUUGACAAUAUCCUCAGGCUCGGUACGAGCUCUCUUUGCAAUCUGGCUUUCGACGAUCCAGGCUGGACUCAGGCAUCCCUGCCUGUGCGCUGGGGUGGCCUUGGCUUGAGAUCCUAUUCCGAUCUUGCCCUCCCGGCAUUCCUAUCCGCUCAUCACGCUUCUCGUACUCUCUCAGACAUCGUUCUUAGAAACCUCCCCGAACGGAAAUUGUCUGAAGUUUACUCUGCAGCCCGUGGUCGGUGGGAGGCUCGGUUUGGUUCGAAGCUGCCCAACUCUCAAUCUGUACAGCGCCAAUGGGACGAAAUCUCUUGUCAGGCAAUCUUCGAAGGCCUGCUUCCUGUCUCCAAUCAACACCGUGUCGCUUGCCUCCGUGCAGGUCGCUGUGAAAGCAGCGGUGUCUGGUUAAAGGCUCUCCCUCUCCCUUCCAUCGGGAACCUGUUGGACAAGGAAUGCCUAAGAAUUGCAAUCUCCCUCCGUGUCGGCUGA